AUGAAGUCAGAUCUCUUCAAACUACCGUCAGAAAUCAUCACCAAUAUCCUUUUAAGACUCUCUGUUCGAAGCAUUGCAGUAAGCAAGUGCGUUUGCAAAGCAUUGCUCCAUUUGCUCGACACCCACGAUUUCGCCAAGUUGCAUUUUUCCAAAUCCGUCCCCGCCCUAGCUAUCACGAUGCGGACGAAAGGUUCAUAUUGCCUCAAAAUUUCGGAAUUGGAAGAAGACGAAAUCGAUCCCGAGAGCCACGAUCUACUCACCAAGAUUAAUUUCUCUCCCGAUGCAACUUUAGGAGGUUCUGCUAAUGGCUUGCUUUUCCUAUUGGAUUACCGUAAUAGUUGUGUUUCUAUAUGCAAUCCGAUCACUCGUGAAUUUUACUUUAUCCGCUCUCGACAACUAUCGAGUCAUGGAUUUGGAGUGAGCAGAAUAAGUGGGCAACAUAAGUUAGUAUGUAUUGAUCCUUUGGGUGAUCGUGGAUUCAGUUGUUAUGUAUACACCCUUGGAACAGGAUCGUGGAGACGCGUUGAAGCUAACGACUCGUUUGGUUAG